UGGCACUGGCAGUGACAGAGAGACCAAACUGAAGAACGACCGCAUCAUAGAAGCAAAAGCAAGCACUGGACGACAGGCGUUGGGUGAGAGACGCGUGAAGCAUAGAAGCUGCAGCAGCCGGCGCGCUAGUGAGAGUGUUGUGUGAGCGUGUGUUAGCGCGCGGGUUGUGACACGGAAAGCACUAGGAAGCGCAGCGAGGGGUGGCAGCCGUUUUUCCAUCCCUCUUGGAACCGUUCGCCUCAAGCAGGAGGGAAACCCGUGUGCGCUUCCCGAUUCCGAAAUCGACAGAACAGGGAACACACACCGCACCGCAGUCAGUCAGUCGCAAGUCGACAGGCUCGGUCGAAGUUUCGCAUUUGGCAGUGUGUUUUGAAGCGCUGUGCAGGAAGGAAGUGUGUUUGCUACAGGGCAAGACCGCGCGCGAGAGAACAAGACAAGGAAGAAGGUUUUAUCCUCUUUGGUCAGUGUGAAGAGCCUCCAUUCGAAGGGGAGAAGAGAACUACUGUGAAAGUGAAAAUAGGCCUCGCGUAUACGUCGUCGUUGAAGGCCGCGCGUUGUUACCUUUUUAUUUCUAAAAUAAAACAAAAAAGUUGAAGGAAAGAAAAAGGCCUUUUUAGCUUCAGAGCUGUGACAGACGCAGAGAGACGGUGAAGAGAGAAAGUAGCGCACAGUUUUGUUGCCGAAAUAUGUUGUUUAUGAGAAGGAAGUUAAUUAUUACGUGAGUUUUCUGUUUUUCAUCCCCUGAACCGGAAUCCAGCGGAAAAAUUUAUAGACAGAACAUUGCAGAUUUUGCGAGCUGCAGAAGCAAAACUUGAAAGUUAAAAAUAGACCCGGUUCUUUUUUUCUCGCUCUUCCGGAACGUUCGUCACUUUAGACUGCCGGAAAACUCGCAGCAGCAACAGCAGCAGCAGCAGCACCGGUGAGGAAGACGGGUAAAAACAAAUGCCAAAGUCCGACACCACAGUGAUAACGAUUUUUCACGUUUUUCGCUUACGAGUUUUCUUUGGUGUGUUGUCGUCGUUGCUGUCGUGUUAGCUCUCAGGGAUCUCCGCCGAAUCAGCGAUUUUUUCGCCGUUUUUCCACAUCGCACGACGACGACGGUAUAGUCGGCCCAAAGUGAUUGCCGAGAGAGGAGAACAUUAGCUGCUUUGGUAAGCGGAUUUUUCCUCCGUACUGCGAAAGGUGCAGCGAGAAGUGUGAGAAUCCGAUGAAAUAAACAAAACUAGGGCAAGUGUACUUGAACUACGAAUGGGAAGUUUUUGAUCCGUGUGCCGUGUUUUUGGAGCUUCCGAAACAGCAGUGUAUAAGCGGCAGAGUGCAGGAUGGAGAGCAGAGAGUGUCGUACAGUGUGACUGACAAUAAAUAUCGAAAAAAAAAGCCAGGGCCACAGGGAAAGGAAUCGUUUUCAUAUCGGUAUUGAAGUGCAGCGAGAUUAGAACGACAAUAGGACAUGAACAAGUGAACUGGUUUCGCUAGUGACUUUUCGUUUCCGUUUUUUCGAACUUAUUAACUAUAUCUUUCCUCCUUCCCGUGAGUGAGUGUUCCACCCGAGAAUCCGGGGGACCUCCAGCAAAGCUACGAAAAUUGAUACCUUAGCAUUGCAUCCAUACCAUCCGUUGCUCCUGAUGGCGCCUCGACGGGGAACCGUGGGUCCCGGGACGAAUAGCUUGGACCUGUUUGGGGCUCUCGGUGAUUCGGACCAUGGUUUCGAGAGUUCCCAGUCGGCCGAUGGGUCUGGCAGUGAGGGAGCCCACAUGACCCGCUGUUGCGUUCCUACUGGCGAUUGUCUGAAGAGUUCACCCGUCGACUAUGGAGCAAUCAAUCUGGAAGAUCUUCGUGAUUGCGUCCGGGUGAUUUGCAACAAUGAAAACUGUUCGAGUGGUCAGUACAUGCACCGCGAGUGCUUCGACCAUUGGGAGGAAAGUGUGCUGAACUAUCUGAAAUCGAUAGGACGUGCUCGAUCCUGGUCGGACAAGCAACGGCAGCAGAAUCUCUGGACCAAGAAGGGUUACGAUUUGGUGUUUAAAGCGUGCACCUGUCGCUGCGGUCGUGGUCAUCUCCGCAAAGACCUGGAUUGGAUUCCACCCGCUUCGCUGUUCAGCUCGGCUCGACUGGACGAAGAUUCCAGCAAGAAGAAGAAGAAAAAGAAUCGCCAGAACCAGAAACCUAGUCUGGCGAUUUCGACCAGCCCGGGCAGCCACUCGAGCAGUUCCUCCAACAGUCCCAACUCGCACGGCCCGAACCAUCAGUCGCCAUCGCCAGCCGCACUGUUGAAUCCGCUGAAACUGGUAGACCACUUUGCUACCUCAUUGAUCCUAAAUACGGCCGGCGUCGGCGGUUCACUGCAACAACAACAACAACAGCAGCAGCAGCAACAACAACACCAACAGCAAGCAAUGGGCCGCAAUCGGACCAACAGUUUGUCCUCGUCGAGCAACGGUUCGAGCACGCCACCGGCCAGCUCGGUAGCGUCGACAACGUCCGGUGCCGGCAGCGACUGCCAGAGCAUUUCGCCGGUGCACAGCGGACUCGGCGGUGGAGCAUCGGUCGCCGCUACGGCGGCCGCACUGGCCAAGAUGCCGCUGACGCCGAAAACGAAGGUCGAAAUCUACUCCGAGCGAGUCAGAGCGACAUCUGGCGCCAAUGGAAUCUUUUCACGCCGGCUGGACUUCUCCUCGUUCAACAUGCUGCCCCGGCAGAGGAUAAAUUCGUACUCAAUCAAGAUCGAGGACGAAGGCAACCACGGAAAUGACGAGACGCGUCUGUUCAUCCUGUCCUCGCUGGCAGCGCAGCACAAGAGCCGGGUGGCGUGUGUCCUCUGCGAGGAACCGAUGCUAGUCUUUGAUCGUUACCCCCUGGUGGACGGGACGUUCUUCCUCAGCCCGAAACAGCACGCCAAGGGUUGCAUCGAGGUGAAAUACGAGAAUCGUGCCCAAUAUCUGACGUCCGUUUGCAUGGCGUGUCUGGAUGGUGUCGAACCGAGCCGGGUUGUACGAUGCAGGUUUUGUGCCCAGAAAUGGGAUGGAUCGUCGCUGGUGCUGGGAACCAUGUACUCGUACGAUAUCUUUGCAGCAAUGCCGUGCUGCACUGAAAGAUUGAAGUGCAACAAUUGCUUCAAAUUACUGCUGCAUCCGCACCAGCGGCUGAACUUCUACAGCGACUACAGCCACAGCGUCUCCUGUCCGUACUGUCACUCGCAGGAUACGCACUUCGUGAAGCCGUUGGCUUACUGCUACACCAAGCAGCCGAUGCAGUUGUUCCAGCAGUGGCCAUAACAUGAGGCCC